AUGCGGUCGCCGUCGCUCGACGCCCCAGGCGCCGCUGACGCCGCCGCCGCCGGCUGCCCCUUCACCGCGCUGCGCAACCAGCUCGGUGUCGGUGCAAACAGCAGGCCCGAGGUCGACGCCGCCGCCGCAGACGUUCCCGGCCCCGCGCCGUUUUCUUUCGAGUCGCUGGUGGACGUGGGCACGAUUUUCUUUGAGGGGCUUCAUGUGGCCAUGCUGAAGUUCAGCGAGAAGUAUGGCCCCGUCUGCAGGUUUGCCAACCCUGCGUCGCUCAACGGCGCCACCAGCUGGGUGUUCCUCAACUCCCCAGAAAACGUGCAGCACGUGUGCGCCACAAACGUCAAAAAUUACUCCCAGCGCUACCUGCCGGACAUCUACAAGUAUGUGACCCACGAAAAAGGCAUCCUAGGCAGCCAGGGCGACUACAACCAGCGCCACCGGCGGCUGUGCGCGCCGCCAUUCCGCAACAAGCACCAGCUUGAGGCGUUUGCUGAAAUUGUGGUGCAGCGCAGCAGCAGCAGCAGCAGCAGCAGCAGCAGCAGCAGCAGCAGCAGCAGCAGCAGCAGCAGCAGCAGCAGCAGGCGGGCUUUGUGA